GGUGCCAAGCAAGCAGCAGCACAACACCAGCCCACCACCGCAGUAGCUCAAACCCAUCAUCAUCCUAUUGUCACUCUCGCACUUGAAGGUUCCGACCCGUUUCAUCCAUCAUGGCUGAGGAGAAGCACCACCACCACCUCUUCCACCACAAGAAGGACGAGGAGGAGCAGCCCGCCGGCGGGUACGGCGGGGAGGCCGCCGCCGAGUACACGGAGACCACCGUGACGGAGGUGGUGUCCACCGGCGAGGACGAGUACGAGAAAUACAAGAAGGAGGAGAAGGAGCACAAGCACAAGCAGCACCUCGGCGAGGCAGGCGCCAUCGCCGCCGGCGCCUUCGCGCUGUACGAGAAGCACGAGGCGAAGAAGGACCCGGAGCACGCGCACCGGCACAAGAUCGAGGAGGAGAUCGCGGCGGCGGCGGCCGUGGGCUCCGGCGGCUUCGCCUUCCACGAGCACCACGAGAAGAAGCAGGACCACAAGGACGUCGAGGAGGCCGGCGGCGAGAAGAAGCACCACCACCUCUUCGGCUGAUCGAGUCGAGUCGAGUCGUCGACGUGCAGUGCGUGCGGCGGCCCCACCACAUGUAUAUCUGUUUUCUCCGUGUGCUACGUACGCGUGCGUGAGAGUGAGAGGCUGAGAGGUGGGCCCGCGCGCCCGCUGUGUGUGUGUGUGUGCUGGCUUUCCUGGGUACGUACGUACAUGUAUACGUACGUGUUGAAUAAGAGGGCCCGGUUCCGUACGUGGCCCCGUAGUAUGUAUGUGUGUAUAUGUUGUAUCUUCGAAUGAAAAUUCCCAUGGUGUAAGGACAACGAUGGCAACCGCUCCUUUGGCCUA